UUAUCUAAUAUUACAGUUAGAAGGGAAUGAAAAGUAUGACGACGUAGUUCGUUUUCUCCCCUUUAUCCACGUUUUAGAAUUUUUUCAUUGCACGCACUAGAAGUGGGGAAAAUAUUUCUGCAAAGUUUUUGGUCAUCAAAGUCAUCCACGCUUUACCUGAAGCAACAGGGACAGUGUCGUUUCGAGGACAAAUGGCCAAGCAUGCGUCCAACAGUACUCAAGUUGCUGAGACAGGAAGCAGUGACUCGCGAUGAGUGGCAUGGGUUGUUUUGGGCUGUCCAUUCAGUGUGCAUGUGGGAUGAGAAAGAUGGUCCACCAAAAAUUUAUCAGCAUCUACAAGAUGAUAUCCUUGAUUUCAUUCGACAGGCUCAAGCUAGAGUUCUACAACACAAGGAAGAUUCGGCCUUGUUACGGGCUUACAUUGCGGAAUGGGGGAAAUUUUUUACACAGUGCAACUACCUGCCAAGCCCAUUCAAUCAACUGGAGGCCAAUUUGCUUGGUAAACUCCACAGCAGCAUGCCGAAAAAACAGCAAGGUGGAGAUGAAAGUCUCGUUCGAAAAUUGAUGUUGGACAGUUGGAAUCAGAGUAUAUUCUCCAAUAUCAAGCAGCGACUGCAGGACAGUGCCAUGAAACUAGUGCAUGCCGAGAGAAAUGGCGAAGCAUUCGAUUCGCAGCUCGUCAUUGGAGUUAGGGAAUCAUAUGUAAAUCUCAGUUCAGAUGUGGAGGACAAGUUAAAAAUAUACAGAGACAAUUUCGAAAAGGCAUAUUUAGAUGCCACAGAGUCAUUUUACAAAGUAAAAGCACCACGUUACCUUGAAGACAAUGGUGUGCAAAACUAUAUGCGCUAUGCUGACUCUAAGCUUAAAGAAGAAGAGUCGCGAGCAAGGCGAUAUCUAGAAAUAGGAUAUGGAUGCAAUUCUGUAGCUGCUUUGUCAGAGUGUUGUGUUCGUGUGCUUGUCACAGACUUCAAAGAAACUAUUCUUCAAGAAUGUGCCUACAUGAUCAAGCAUAAUGAGACAGAAAAAUUACGCUUGAUGUUUAGUUUGAUGGACAGAGUGGCUGAUGGCAUCACGCCCAUGUUGUACGACCUCGAGGCUCACAUCGUCAGUCAGGGUCUAGCAGACAUGAUGGCAUCAGCAGAAACUAUUACCACAGAUUCUGAGAAGUAUGUAGAACAGCUGUUGGAUUUGUUCAACAGAUUCAGCACACUAGUCAAGGAAGCAUUUAAUGAUGACCCAAGAUUCCUAACCUCAAGAGACAAGGCAUACAAAAAUGUAGUAAAUGACACAUCAGUAUUUAAAUUAGAAAUUCCCAUGAAGAAUAAAGGUGUUGGUGCAAAGACUCAGCCUGAAUCAAAGUGUCCCGAACUGCUUGCUAACUACUGUGAUAUGUUGUUGCGGAAGACCCCACUGAGUAAAAAACUGACAUCUGAAGAAGUAGAAUUGAAACUUAGAGAUGUCUUGCUGGUGUUGAAGUAUGUGACAAAUAAAGAUGUGUUUAUGCGUUACCACAAAGCCCACCUUACACGCAGAUUAAUUCUUGACACGUCAGCGGACAAUGAGAAAGAGGAAAAUAUGGUGGAGUGGCUCAGGGAAGUUGGGAUGCCGGCCGACUAUGUGAACAAGCUGGCUCGCAUGUUCCAGGACAUCAAGGUGAGCGAAGAUCUGAAUGUGGAGUUCAAGGACGCUCACAGAAACAACAAUGAAGGACUUGCAGAUGCAAUCAACAUCAAAAUCCUCAAUGCCGGUGCCUGGGCUCGAUCCAGUGACCGUGUGUCUGUCUCGCUGCCGAUGGAGCUGGAGGACUACAUCCCACAGGUGGAGGAGUUCUACAAACACAAGCACAGCGGCCGAAAACUUCAGUGGCAUCACCUCAUGUCCAAUGGCAUUAUCACAUUUUGUAAUGACAUUGGCCGAUAUGACCUGGAAGUGACCACGUUUCAGAUGGGAGUGCUCUUUGCCUGGAACCAGAGGCCACGUGACCGGAUCACGUAUGAGAGUCUGAAGCUAGCCACAGAACUACCCGAUGCAGAACUUCGCAAAACGUUAUGGUCUCUUAUAGCUUUUCCCAAAAUCAAGAGGCAAGUUUUAGUCUGUGAGCCAGAAACAAGAUCACCAAAGGAAUUUGACGACAGUACCCAGUUUUGGGUAAACCAAGAUUUCUCCUUGAUUAAAAAUGGCAAGAUUCAGAAGCGAGGGAAGAUGAAUCUCAUUGGCCGUCUCCAGCUUUCCACAGAAAAGAGCAAAGAGGAAGACAAUGAAGGCAUAAUGCAGUUGAGGAUACUGAGAGUUCAGGAAGCUAUAGUGAAGAUCAUGAAGAUGAGAAAAAGAAUCACAAAUGCUGCCUUACAAACAGAACUUGUUGAAAUCCUUAAAAACAUGUUCCUACCAUCAAAAAAACUCAUCAAAGAACAAAUAGAGUGGCUGAUCGAGCAUAAGUACAUGAGACGGGACGAGGACAAUAUCAACAUGUUCAUCUACAUGGCGUAAUGAACGUGAUACCUUAGAGAAAUAUGCAACCUAGUGACGUGUCAGCGACAUGUUGUGAUGACAACAACAGAAGAGUGCUUUCUUUUCUUCUACCCAAGGAAUUUUUAUUUGUCCAGUAUUUAUUGAUAAAAAAAAAAAAAAUGGAAGUGUAAAAUAUAUUGUGCUUUUACUGUGAUUCUAACUUAUGUGCAAAUUAACAGCUAAUAUGGACAUGCUGGCAUUAGUUUGGGUUGGGUGGGUGGGAUUGGGGGUGGGGAGCGAGUGAGUGAAUACCAAUAAAAGCAUUUUUUAUA